UGAUGAAGUGGAGUCGAUGGUGAACUGACAUAUAGGAAUAUCCACACUUUUUUAGAUAAACUGACAAGAUCGAUUUGGCCUUUGGGGGAAGUCGCUUUCUUGGUUUCUUCCACUUCAUUUUGUGCAAAAACAGAGACAUGCACUAAUGAAUUUCAAGAUCCUCAAGAACCCACCUUGUGUAUUCGAGCUUCGAGUAAUCCGGAUACGAAUCUCAAUCCUUUCAUCCCUCAGCUCAAAACCCACCUCCGUUUCUCUGCCAUCUCUAUAUAAAGUGUACAAAUUUUUAGUGAGGGAGAGAGUGGGAAGAGGGAGAAAGCGAUGCUGCAGUUACACAGCUUGCGGCCAUGGAUUUCAGCGAGGAGUUCAGAAUCCGAUUUGAGUUCAUAUAAAAGAAACGCAAGGCUGUAUUCCUGCGGGUGGAUUCCCUUUUCGACCUGCCACGUUGAUAUUAUGUUAAUAAACAAUAGAGAAAAAUGUAAAACAAGCUCCAGAAUGAAGAGGAGGAAACUCAGUCCGUCAGUGAGAUGCUUUUGCAGUAAAGUGAAUUCUAGUCUCCCGGAGAUGGAUUCGAGAAGUAGUUCUGAGGUGCAUGCAUUUCAAUAUCUGUUGGCAUUGAAGCCUGUGCAGGUUUUUGGAGUUAAACUCGUGAUGGCAUCCCUCUCAUCCUAUUUCUUGAUUAGGUUGAUACAUCAAAGUUACAAGAAAAAAAUUGUCGAAGUUGUUCAAGAAUCAUUCCGUUAUGCUGUUCAAACGUUUGGAGCUUCAAACUCGCCUUUUGCGUGCAUGUCCAAUUCCUUGAGUAAACCAACAUCGCUUCAACUGGAUGUGUCUUUGCCUUCAUUUCAAGAUAUCAGAUGGAAUAUUGCUCGUUUAAUUUACUUAUUCAACAUACAGCUUGAGAGAAAUGUUGCCACGUUUUUUGUUGUGCUCCUCGCGGCAUGUUUCUCAUUUGUCAUUAUCGGUGGUUUUCUCUUCUUUAAGUUCAGAGUUAGCAAGGGUGGCACUCAGACUCUCGAGGAUUGCUAUUGGGAGGCUUGGGCUUGUCUAUGUUCAUCAUCCACACACCUGAAACAAAGAACUCGGAUUGAACGCGUUAUAGGCUUUGUGCUUGCUAUAUGGGGCAUACUAUUCUAUUCACGGCUAUUGAGCACAAUGACCGAACAAUUUAGGCAUAAUAUGCACAGACUCAGAGAAGGGGCACAAAUGCAAGUUCUAGAGACAGAUCAUAUAAUUAUUUGUGGAUCGAAUAGUCGCCUGGGCUUUGUUUUGAAGCAGCUGAAUAAGUACCACGAGUUUGCUGUUCGCUUGGGCACUGCCACUGCUAGGAGACAGAGAAUUCUUCUUAUGGCUGACCUUCCUAGGAAGCAGAUGGACAAAAUGGCCGAAAACAUAGCCAAAGAUCUCAGCCAUAUUGAUAUUCUAACAAAAAGUUGUAGUCUUAGUUUAACCAAAUCAUUUGAAAGAGCUGCAGCAAAUAAAGCACGUGCCAUAAUUAUAUUGCCGACAAAGGAAGAUCGAUAUGAAGUUGACUCGGAUGCAUUUCUCUCAGUUCUUGCUCUUCAACCCCUUUCCUCAAUGGCCUCUGUGCCUACAAUAGUAGAGGUUUCUAGUUCAAAUACCUGUGAGCUUUUAAGAUCAAUCUCAGGACUGAAGGUGGAACCUGUGGAAAACGUCACCUCCAAAUUAUUUGUUCAGUGCUCUCGCCAAAAAGGACUAAUAAAGAUAUACAAACACUUGCUCGAUUAUCGAAAAAAUGUAUUCAACCUCUGUAAUUUUCCUCAUUUAGUAGGACUAACAUACAGACAGUUGAGACGUGGAUUCCAAGAGGCUGUGGUUUGUGGUCUUUAUAGGGAUGGAAAGAUCUAUUUCCAUCCAAGUGAUGAAGAAAUUGUGCAAGAAACCGACAAGGUCUUAUUUAUCGCAUCUGUGCAUGGGAAGAAAAAACCGCAGCUGACAUACCCAUAUGAAGCUAUCGAUAACGAUAACUCGAUCAAUAAUGUGGAAACCCUCAAGCAAAAUAGUGAAUUCGUCAAUCGGAAACUGGAUUUUACAAGAGGGAGGCAGGAAAAUGUAGUAAGAAGACCAAAGAGAUCAGGGUCAAAGGCAUCGGAUUCGUGCAUUGGUCCAAAAGAGUGUCUAUUGGUGCUCGGAUGGCGCCCUGCUGUUGUUGAAAUGAUUGAAGAAUACGACAACUAUCUAGGGCCCGGCAGUGUUUUGGAGAUUUUGUCGGAUGUUCCUUUGGAUGAAAGACAUAGAUCGUUCAAGCUUUUCAGUCGAGGAAAGCUAAAAAACAUUCAAGUUUCUCACAGAGUCGGAAAUCCAAUGGAAUACAGCACUUUAGAGGACACCAUUAACAACAUGCGGACGAACAUCAGAAAAGAUGAAGAUAUUCCAUUCUCAAUCGUCGUGGUAUCUGAUAAAGAGUGGCAAGGUGGAGGAGAUCUGUCAAGGAUGGACAAAAACUCCGCAUAUGCCCUUCUUCUUGCUGAAAAUAUAUGUGCUAAGCUCGGAGUAAAGGUGCAAAAUCUUGUAGCUGAGAUUAUCGAUUCAAAAUUGGGAAAACAACUAACGAGGAUCAGACCGUCUCUCACGUAUAUUGCAGCAGAGCAAAUAAUGAGCCUCGUCACAGCUCAAGUGGCAGAAAACACAGAACUCAACGAGGUCUGGAAGGACAUCCUGAAUGCAGAGGGAGACGAAAUAUACGUGAAGGAUAUCGGCCUUUACAUGAAACAAGGCGAGAACCCGUGCUUUCACGAGCUAUCAGAAAGAGCAGUCCUACGCAGAGAAGUAGCCAUUGGUUAUGUGAAAAGCAAUAAGAAGGUUAUAAACCCGAUCCCCAAGUCCGAGCCUCUGAACCUCGAGCUCAACGACUCGUUGAUUGUGAUAUCUGAGCUUGAAGGAGAGCAACCAGUGGUAAUGUAAUGUAUCGUUGUUAGUAAACAUGAUCACAUUCAUAUUCUUUUUCUUCUUAUUUUUGUCUUCUUUUUUCCACUAGACUAUAAAUGAGUGUAGAUCAAGAAGUUACUGUCAAAGAAUAAAUAUAAGUUUUAUUUGGAAUUUUUUAUAAGCUCUUACAUCUUGUAGUUUUGAGAUGUAUGGGCUUAUGAGACAUUGAACCUUCAUCUGAAAGUGAGAUGAGGUCUUAAGCUUAUCAAAUGUUAAAAUGAUAACGAUAUUAUAGCGGUUGUUGGUAUCAAAAUAUAAAUAAUUUUAAUGUUAUUUUGAAAAAAAGAUUAUGAGACGAUGUGCUUAAAUGUUGUGGAACUACAUUUUGCGUAAGUAUUCGAUUAACUAAAUGAAUAACAAAUUCUAUUUGGAAAUACUAAUUAAAUACUUAAUUUUGAUACUUAAUAAUAUAAUAAUGCAUUCAUUGUUAAAAUUAAUACACUUGAAAAAAAAAUCAUUUUCUUCAAUAUAUAUAUAUAUAGAUAUAUAUAUAUAUAUAUAUAUAUAUAUAUAUAUAUAUAUAUAUAUAUAUGGACUCAUUUAAAUUGUAGUAUGAGAUAAGAUAUGAUAUGUUUUUUUUAGCAAUGUCAUAUUUAAUACUUAUGUUUGAGAGAAUGUAUUAAAAUAUUUAUAAAAUAUAACAUAUUGUUUGAUAUGAUGUAUUAAGAUUAUAUAUAAAAUUUUAAUUCUUAAAAUGUCCUUAUAAUUAAAUUAUUUAAUAAUGUCACUUUGGUUGAUAAUAGGACAAUUUAGUUAAUAGUAAAUUAAUACUCCUCAGUAGUAUAUGUUAUAAUGAAGAUUGAUAUUACGUAUAUUGCCUCAAAGUUGUAUGGAAUAUCACACAAAUUUGUAUAAUUUCAUCAGAUUUUUAAAUUUAUAAAGAAUAGUUUAUUUCAUAUUUUCUUCUACCAAACAAGGUGUUAUAGUUAUAAUAUACACCAUAAUCUCUCGUACCAAACGAGCCCGAUUAGUAUACCAAAGGCCGUAUGCAGAAAACUCAGAGAAAGCGUUCAAAACAGGACAGCAAGUUAGCAACUCGGGCCGAGUAAAUAUGAAAAUUUUAAGUGGGCCGGGCUGCAUUUUUGGGUGGGCUUUUUCUGUAUGAUUUAUGGCCCAACAAAAAUAAGAGUGCUGAAUGAUUGGAAGGCAAGAAUCCGUAAGCUCAAAUUUGCAGGAAUCCGUAAGCUCAAGGAAGAGCUGAAUUGGUGGAAGAGGUAAAGUUGAAGUUGAGAUGCUUCAACGCUCAACAUCAACUGAAAACCCUUUUCUUUUUUAUUGUUAAUUUGUUGUUUCUUUCUUUGUACUCCUCUGAUUAAUUGGCUGAGUUUCAUCUUUUUCCUUCUUGGUUACACACUAGUGUUAUACCGUUAUAUUCAAGAAGUUUUGUGUUUCAAUAAUUUUAUGAAUUGGGUUUGUUGUGAGUAGUAAUUGAGGUUGAAAUGGAGCCGAUCUUAUUAGAAGAUGACCGUUUCAUAUGUGUUUUGGCGCUUUCUUUUGUGUGCAUAUUACCUGUUCGAUAAAAUGCCUAGCUGAUCAUGCUAUCAGAAACUGCAGAAAUCCAUAAAAAAAACCAUUUUUUCCUGUUUCCGAUUAUUUAGCAUACAGAUUUAAUAUAUUGAACAUCUUUGAGGCAAGCUAGUCAUGAUUUUGAGAUUGGAUGUUUUAAAAUAUGUGCUCUAAUUUUUGGAUGAAUGCUCUACUAAAGAUUGUUUCUUUGUUUUAAGUUUGAUGAUUUAUCGUUUCUAACCAAUUUACAGAUUUUGCAAUUGAAUACCAAUGUCAAGAAUAAGCUUUGUAACACGACUGGCCAAGCAGUUGAACCGAAUCAAUGUCGAGAGAGCUCAGCCCCUCUCUUCUCGUUGUAACGCUACGCGACACUCCACCUUCUCUAGCCAAAAGAAUGAAGAGGAAUCCUUCUCUAGCCAAAAGAAUGAAGAGGAAUCCAUGAAGGACGCGAAUGCUAGCCAUUCCACGUCUCAGAACCGGAUCAAAGGCAUGGGAAGCGUGCCCCGUUGCCAAAUAGGAGAGAAUGUUCCGAGGAAGGACAAGAUCAGCUUUCUCGUGAGCACGCUCAUGGACCUCCCGGAUAGCAAGGAAGCCGUGUACAGCGCCCUGGAUGCUUGGGUUGCGUGGGAACGGGACUUCCCAAUUGGGGCGCUGAAGAAUGUGCUGCUCGCUCUCGAGAAAGAGCAGCAGUGGCACAGGGUAGUUCAGGUCAUCAAGUGGAUGCUGAGCAAGGGGCAGGGCACCACCAAUGGAACAUACGGCCAGUUGAUUCACGCCUUGGAUAUGGAUAAUCGGGUUGAGGAGGCGCAGGAGAUUUGGAAGAAGAAACUUGGUUUUGAUCUGCACUCAGUCCCAUGGAAACUGUGCAAUCUUGUGAUCUCAAUGUAUUACAGGAACAAGAUGCUCGAGGAGCUUGUGACGCUGUUCAAGGGGCUCGAGUCAUUCGACCGUAAGCCCCAAGAGAAAUCGAUUGUGCAGAAAGUGAGCAAUGCAUAUGAGCUGCUGGGCUUGCCUGAGGAAAAGGAAAGGGUGUUGGAGAAGUACAAGGAUCUGUUUGAAGCCAAGAAAACGAAGAAAAUCAUCCGCGGUCGCUCUCCCAAGAAAGCUAGAGCAAGCCAAAGAGGGUGAGUUUGAGGUCUAAUGUCCAUUGUAAUUACUCUUGUUGAUGGUUACACUCUUUGAUGGUGUGGUGAAGUUCCUAACUUUGGAGAAGUCUUAAACUUUUGUAGCAUUUUAGUUGUUACUUUGCUUUGAUAAAUUAUCUAGGAAAGCUUGAGCUUUGGAGCUGUUUUAUUA